AUGCUCCUUAGCUUCAUCCAGAUACUCCUUUUGUACUCAUACUAUAUCUCAACAUGUGCCGCCCAAUCUGCUACGUCCACAUCCAGCAUCACCGCCCCUUCCUCCAUUCCGACAAUAACCAUACCUACCUUACCUUCCCUCCUAGCCCUCUCUCCUCUUAACUUGUCUCACCCUUCCCUGUCACUAUCUCUUCCACAAUCAGACUCUCUAUAUGUAACUCUCAACCUAUGUUCCCUAUCCUCCAAUACCUCUCUCCUCCCUACCAUCCGCCUAUCUACCUCCGACCCACCCAGCUUCAUUCUCGGUAGUCGGACCUCUGUUGAUGUGACUUCCGGCGGAUUCCAUUCUUCUCCUAACAAACGUAGUCGGAGUGGUAUUACCUGGGAACUGGAAUGGGAUAGAGGAUUCGCAAAUUGGACCUCUAGCUCUCUGUCUGCAUCCGUCAAUCUACUCAUCGGUCUUGGUUUGUCGGACGAUGGGAUUGACACAAGUGUCAUCACAAAUGCAGAUGGUAAUGUCGUUGUUCAAAUUGGUCUUUCCUCCCAAAAACCCAUCCAUUCCCUAUCUCCAACAUUCCCUUUGCUGGGAGAUACGACCUCAACCACUGCUCUCAUCUUUUCUCCUAUACUACAAUACUCACCCCAAAUUCAACCCACGUACCCUGUUUACACCUUUCCACAAGCUCAACUCACACUUCCUUCUUUCUCCCCAUCCACCCCGACCAACUUCAGCUCAACGAAUAUGUCGUUGAUGCUCCUUCCCACAAAUGAAUCUCCCACUACUCAAGGUUUGGAUCAUUCAUCAUGCGCCGUGAGAUUGGUGAAUGAUACGAAAGGAAUAUCUACGACGAACAAUAUCAUUUUCAACUCGUCAGAACCUACUUGGAUGUCUGUCGGUGGGGAAAAAGGGUUCAGAGUGUUUUGGGUUGUAGGGGGAUUGACAGCUGGGGGGACGAAUUAUACCGCUUGGGUUGUGGAUGAUCAAGGAAUGUUGAGUCGACCCAUAUGGUUGACUACCAAAGAAGGUGACCUCAUCUCUCCCACUUCACCGAUCUCAACUCUCCCACAGGCGAUCGUGGAUCUCGUCACCUCUUCCCUCGAAGCAUUCUCCGUCUCACUCACUACGACAGCUUGUGGUCGAGAUCAAUAUUCUCACGUCUCAACAUGUCUAGAUUGUUACACUGCAUAUCGAGAUUGGGUAUGUCGGGUUACCAUCCCACGAUGCGGAUCAUCUCUUCCGAUCUCUUCUACUUCCCCAUUUCAAUCCCAAAAUGUCAUCGCCCUCUCUUCCACAACUCAAGGGACGGACAUCCAAGAAAGACAAAACUCAGAGCAAGAUCUACGAGUAGAGGUACGAAACUAUGACGAUCGAAAUUUACUCAAGCAAAUCGAAAUGAAAAGAAUCAACGACGACGAAAAGGUCCUUCCGCCAGGUCCAUUUACAAUCCAAAGAACUUCCACCUCCGCUAGAAUCCCCUCACUUGACCCAGUGUAUACAUACGACUAUCUAGAACUCUUGCCUUGUCUCUCGACGUGUAAUGCGGUCGAUAGGGCGUGUCCCGCUGUACUCUUGUUCCGAUGUCCGAGUAGGAGCGUACGUACGGCUAAUGAAAGUUAUGCCUUCUAUGGACAUGAUAAUGAUGUGGGGGAUGGGAGUGGUGUCACCGGUCAGUCCGCUAGCGAUAGAUGGGGGAAUGUGUGGUGUAAUGGGCCUUGA